UAUAUAGUGUCAUUCUCCAUAUAAACCUUAAAUCUAAGCAACAAAGUAUAGGAGCGUAUACGAAGAUUGUUUGAUAUAUAUUUACAAAAAAAGAAAUUAUGAAUAUGGAAUGUUUUCCAAGGCUGGUAAUAGUAGCUUUGCUUGUGGUUGGCAUUACUACUAGUAUUAAUGUUGAGCUCAGUUAUGCUCAGACCAUAUGCAAAGUGCCAAUGAAAGGUCUGAUGGAGUGCAAGCCGGCCGUGACGAAACCAAACCCGAAAUCACCUACGCCCGAGUGCUGCUCUGCGUUGACUCAUGCUGACUUGCAGUGCCUAUGCUCCUACAAGAACUCACAGCUUCUGCCUUCUCUUGGCAUCGAUCCCACUCUUGCCCUGCAGCUCCCCCAGAAGUGUAAUCUUCCUCACCCUGCCAACUGCUAGGACUUAUAAUAAGACUCGUCUACAAUCUUCAUGAAGAAGUAACAAAUGUCUUUCAAAUGCUUUUUUUUUUUAAAUCUUUAAAGUUUCUUUUCAAUUUAGUAAUUGUUAUCUUUUCCUAGUAUUACGUACCAAUGUAUCGUCUCUUUUCUAUAUUAAAUAAAAUUUACAUUUCAUGUCA